GAUUAAAUAUUUUAUAAUUUAGUGACUGUACUUCGAACCAACAAGAAUUUUCUCAUUGCUCUCUGUUUCUUCACAAAGAUUGUGACCUUUCCCCUAAGUUCCAACACUCGAGCGGAGAUUCUCAAGAAGCAGAAGCAGACACGUAGAGUUUUAACAUACAGAUACAGCUAGCUCUAUACAGAACCAGAAGGGACUGAACAACACAUGAAGCAAAACCAACAGCAAGGUCGGAGAUUGAAGCCACUAAUGGCGGCCGAGCAUCAUCAUCAUCAUCAUCAACAACAACAACAACAACAGCACACACCACAAAAGUGUCCUCGUUGUGAGUCUCUUAAUACAAAGUUUUGUUACUACAAUAAUUACAGUCUCUCGCAGCCUCGUUAUUUCUGCAAGGCAUGUAGAAGGUACUGGACUCAAGGUGGAACCCUAAGGAACGUGCCUGUGGGCGGUGGUUGUAGGAAAGGAAAGCGCCCCAAGCUUUCUUCUUCUGGUGAUGAUGAUAAUCCAACAAGGCAAUCUACUCAACGAAACUUGAUAUCACCACCAGUACAAUUACAAGCCAAAGAGUCUGAUAGUUUGGUUUCAUCAUCUGCUGCUAUGGGAUCUUAUUAUCCUGCUAGUGGGUUCUUGUCAUCUUUGGCUGCAAUUCAACCAAUGAACCAACCCCAAUGUUUAAAGCAACCUCUAAAUCAGGCUCUACGUAUUGGUGGUGGUGACUUGGGUAGUAGUUCUUCAAAUUUGGGUCUUCUGCAGGGAUAUGGUGUCCCAUUUUUGGGGUCACAAAACCAUCAGCAGACCCAGUUUCAAUGGCCUGCUGCAGGUAACUCUUAUUAUCAGCAGAAUUGGCAUCAAAAUUUCAUCAAUGAAGCGGUCACAAGCACCGCUAAAGUCACUAACACCAGUAACAGCAAAACUGCUUCUUCUUUGAGCCCAAAUCAAUGGCCUGAUCUUCCAGCUUAUGGUGCUCCAUAGGUAAAAAGCUUAAUGUUGACUUCUAUAAACUGAAGAGCAUUAAACCACACUUAUAUUGAAUCAUUUUGUUUGUCUGUUUAGCUGCUAUUGUUGUGUCUGGUUUUAAUCUGGUUUUAACUUAGGUAAUGUUGGGUGUUGCUGUAAAUGAAAGAAGAGCUUUGUUUUUAAUGCUGUCUAGAAUAUAGAUAUAGAUUUGAGCUGGAUUUGGUUUUGGUAUUGAUUUUGAACUUUUUAAUAUUAUAAAGGGGGAUGUUUUAUGUUUGAGCAUUUGUUUUGAUAGUUUUACUUGUGCUUUACUGCGUAAAAAGAUCCUGACAUUACUUUGUAGUUAAGUUAGGGUUUACGAUAUCAAUAUCUCUUGAGUUAAAUUGUAAAAAAUUCAAUGUCUUUUAAGUAAAAUUUCGGGUUCGAAUUUUGUGGAGGAAA